AUGGAGUCGUUUAAAGAUCUCUCAAAAUGGCUCAAUGAUGCUAUCGAUAAUGGACACAUAAUAGAAUUUAAUUACGAUUCGCUUAAAGUAAUUGAGCCUUGUUUGAUAACAGCAUUAAGUGGUAUCAAAAAGGCUUAUCAAAUCGAAUUCGAAAGGAACAUUGCUCUUAAAUAUUUAAAGGAUGAUAGACAUAAAAGCGAAGAUGAUUAUUAUAGAAAUUUUGUCAGAGAGGUACAAAUUUUAACGAAGCUAAACGCGGUCAAUAAUAAAAAUAUAAUUAGAUUUUUAGGUAUCAGCAAAGGUCUCUCGCCAAAAUAUUAUUACAUUAUACUUCAACACGUAUAUGGUGAAGAUCUUAGAACACGUUUGCAGGAAAAGUUUAUUGAAUUAAGUUGGCCUAGUAAA